AAGGCUGGAGGGGGAGGCGGCGGCUGCAGCAAUGGCAGGGAAAGAUAGGAGGGGGCUCGCCCGCGGGAACCCCGCCGAUUGGGGGGCGCGGCUGCCGCUGCUGCUGCUGCUUCUGGGCCGCUGCUCCGGGCGCAUCCACCGGCUGGCGCUGACUGGGGAGAAGAGAGCAGACAUUAAGCUGAACAGCUUUGGCUUCUACGCCAACGGCUCCCUGGAGGUGAACCUGAGUUUGCUGCGGCUGGAGACGCCGGAGCACCAGGAGAAGAGUCCCCCACUGGUGAGCUCCCCCUGUGCCAAGUAG